AUGAUUGGACUAUUAGCCCUCUCAUCGAUCCCGACAGUGACGGGCGUGGCAUUCGGAGUCAGCGAACAGCGCAAGUCGAACCAACGCAAGGAAGACGCGCGACGAAUGGUGAAAUUUCAUAUCGACGCAGUCUGCGAUGGAGAUACGGACGACGAUCGAGAUGUGAAUGGGCGAAGAGUAGUGGUUCGGAAUGACAAGGUCUACCUUGACGAUCCAGACCCUCGCAAACGAUCUGUGCCUUCAUUUACCUCCCUUGCCUUCUACAUAGAGUACCCCGAGCUCGAAGAAACAAAGCACCUAGACCGUGGUCUCGGACUACCAACCUAUGUAUCAGCAAACCCUCCACUUUUGAAUUGGAUCUAUGCGGAUAUAGAUACGCAUGAGUUGAAGUAUGGCAAUCGAACCCAGAGUGUGGAGCACACUGUUGGACCGUGGAACUGGACAGAAGAUGAGAAGGUGAUUAUGUUAGAGGAGAGCACAUCGUUUUACGCGGUUGAGGAGGGGGAAGGCGAGUGGGCGCUCUAUUUCGACCGAGAUGGGGACGAAUUAUCGUAUGUUUUGGAGGAGCAGGGCAUGUUGGAUAAUGCUUUCGUGCCUGUCAACUUGGUCAGACGAAUUGCGGAGGAACCCUCUGCUCCAACUCAACAACAAAAAUCCCAACCGCAGCAGCAGCAGCAAAGCCAAGGGUAA